AUGGAGGACGACAUUGACGAUAAGCUCGAUGAUCACCAAGCGCUACUCCAGGUGCAGCUGCCCUUUGCUCAGAUCUUCUACACCCCUUCCCUUGGCACUAACACCAACAACAGCGAGGGGUCCAAAGAUUUCUUGCAUGAAGGCCCUAGGGGUGAAAGCGCGCUCAAUUCACCCUUUUCCAUGGGCACAUAUGUGGUGGGGGCAUCCUUAAACGACAUGGAAGAAGCCAACAUGCUCUUGACCAAAGACAAUGGCAUCAUAAGGGAUGAGUUGGGCAAUCAAAUCAGGGAAAGCAAUAUCACUGAUAGUAGGUUGAAGAAAAGGUACAAUAGGGAUCACCUUAUAGACGAGGAGGUAAGAAGUACCAACAAAGCUGUGACGAUGAGCAAGGAGCCAGAGGAGAAACAUGGCAAUGAGAUGCUUGACGAAAUGAUGUUGCAUGCCUUUGAGACAUGCAUCAAGGGCAUGGAGCGUGUCACCAAGGACAAUAGUGACAUGGAUAAGAGAAACAGGAAGAGCAGGAGGAUCAAAGCAGUGAGGGACAAUGUGGUGGACAUACGCAGGUUGUUUUGA